AUGCAUUACGCUGACGUAAUGGUCAAGAUUCACAUAGAUCGUAUCAGAUCUCGCUCAGAAAUACAUUACUUUGCUGACUUUUUUUUCUCGAAAAGUUCUUUCAAUUAUUACUCGCAUUAUCAAAAAAGCUUUCAAAAGAUUUUCAUUUCAGUUGAAUGUCUCAGUUGUUAUACUUGUGAAAGCCUUGAAGAUUGUGCUAAUCCACGGAUACAACUAUGCUCUAAAAAUGACGAAUGCUUCACUGUUGCUCAAAAUUACGACACAAAAUCGAAUGGCUUAAGAAAAGGCUGCGCACCAACAUGCGAUCGAGUGAAUAUAGUCGGAAAAUUAUGCAGAACCUGUGAUUCUGAACUGUGUAAUGGAAAAACUGGUAAGGAACCAUUUUGCCUUCAUUAUACUAUUUUCAAGUAACA